AUGCACAUCCAGCUAAACGACGUUUCGUAUUCUGAUAAUAAUAGUCAACAAGAAUGCAAUCAAUGGAAAACAAGAAGUGAAAUGCAAGAUACUAAAUUUUCAAGUAGCUUUGAUCAAUAUCAAAGUUCUGAUUACCAAGAAGACCAGAUUAAUGUAGACAAUAAAGUCGCUACUCUUGUGCAAAUGGAUGUUAAACAGGAGAAACAAUGCGCUAAUUAUAAUUCACCAAAUGAAGAAUUUUCUGAUAAUUGGGCUAUGCCAUAUGUAAUUACUGAUUCAAAUUCAAAAAAAUCAUAUAGUCCUGAAAACCCAAAUAUAUCAAAGAUACCGAAUCAUCCUAUGAACCACGCAAAUAGGACUUCUGAAGUAAAAACAAUAAAUGAAAUUAUGCAAAAUUCUAUGAUUUCAGAAACUCGUACAAGUCUAACAAAGGAAGAAACUAAAUUUUCAAAUAAUUUUGAUCAACCUAAAAAUACUAAUCAACAAGAGGGUCAGGUCAACCUUGAUAAUAAAAUCGAUACUCUUGUACAAAUGAACAUUAAACAAGAAGAACAAAGUGUUAAUGUUCAUUUAUCGAAGCAGGAACAUCCCGAUAAUUGGGCUAUGUCACAUGUGAUUACUGAUUCAAAUCUAGACAGGGCAAUUGAUAUUCUACAGAAAGCAAAUAUAUCAAUUAUACAAAAUCAUUCUAUGAAUCAAACUACAUCAGCCAAUACGAAAAAAUUAAACGAAGCCAAGCAGUUAAUAUCAGAAACCAAAACCACUUCAAUAUUAGACAAAUGUACAAAUCCUAAGAGUGUUAAGGAAGAUUCAAACUCUGAUCUACAACCUAAUGCUAUAACUGUUGAAAGUAAUCAAAAUAUUCAGCAUGCUUUAGAAGUUGAAAACUAUUCUAACAAAAAAUAUUAUUGA